UUUUUUUUUUUUGCUUACGUCAGAUGGCAGAGGGAGACAAGAAGAAGUCUGCCAAGAAGAAGCACGGGAGCCGGAACCCGGCUCUGGCCCGGGGGAUCGGCCGUUACUCCCGUUCUGCUAUGUACGCCCGCCGGGCAAUGUACAAGAGGAAGACUAAGACCACCGAGACCAAGAUUGAGAAAAAGAUCAAAACAAAACCCAAGGCCACAGUUGUUAAGACUGUUGGAGGAGACAAGAAUGGAGGCACCCGUGUUGUUAAGCUGCGCAAGAUGCCCCGCUACUAUCCUACAGAGGAUGUACCUCGCAAACUGAAGAGCCAUGGGAAGAAGCCCUUCAGCCAGCACAAGAGGAAGCUGCGGGCCUCCAUCACACCUGGAACGGUCCUCAUCCUGCUUACUGGUCGCCACCGUGGAAAGCGCGUGGUGUUCCUGAAGCAGCUCUCAAGUGGUCUUCUGCUUGUCACCGGCCCUCUAGCCUUGAACAGAGUCCCUCUGAGAAGGGCUCACCAGAAAUUUGUCAUCGCCACCACCACCAAAAUCGACAUCUCUGGUGUGAAGCUCCCCAAAACCCUCAAUGACACUUACUUCAAGAAGAAGAAGCUAAGGAGGCCCCGUCACCAGGAGGGAGAGAUCUUUGACACAGAAAAAGAGAAGUACCAGCUGACAGAGCAGAGGAAGGAGGACCAGAAGGCAGUCGAUGCUCAGAUCCUUCCCCUCAUUAAGAAGGAGCCUCAGCUCAAAGGAUACCUGCGCUCCGCCUUUGCCCUGUCUAAUGGUGUUUACCCACACAAGCUGGUUUUCUAAAUGUCAAUAAAGAGUUACCACCGUCUUACAACA